AUGGAUGAGAAUACGCCUUUGAUUGCCGGUGAGAACCGCAGUAGGCUCAACGUUACCGUGAAUCAGCCGGCAUAUGAGACUGUGCAUCGAGGAGAACUGCCUCCGCAACAUGGUUCGCCUGCUGACCCAGCGUCGGACGAGAACGUUGAGUCUCAAGACGCCUCGGCGUCGAGUGGGAUGUUCGCACAUCAUUUCGUUAAUGUCACGCCGAGUCAGUUCUGGUGGAUUUUCGGCGGCAUCGAGGUUGGCUACCUGAUCGGGUUCUUUGACUCGACGUUCAUGGCCUCCAGUCAUCCCGUGAUUACUUCGGAUUUCCAUGCAUCCAACUCAGCAUCCUGGCUUUCGACGGCAUUUCUCCUCACGUCCACGGCUCUUCUGCCGCUGUUUGGUCGCAUUUCCGAUGUCGUCGGUAGAAGACCAGUGUACUUGUUUUCGAUAGCCGUCUUCUUCGUCACGACCGCCUGGUGUGCACUGGCUCAAAGCAUUGGUAGCUUUAUUGUCGCCCGGGCUUUCUGUGGACUGGGUGCUGGAGGGGUCUUUUCCAUGGGCAUGAUCAUAUGUAGUGACAUUGUGCGUUUGGAAUACCGCGGCGUCUACCAAUCCGGUAUUAAUAUGAUCCUUGGAAUUGGCGGUGCCCUUGGUUAUGCCGGGGGAGGCGCGCUUUGCGACCGUCUUGGCUGGCGUGGAGCCUUUGCCAUACAGCUGCCGUUCAUCUUCGCUUACUUACUCAUUGCGAUAUGGACAACCCCCCGAGAUCUGGGCCGCGUUGACCCAAAGAACGAGUUUCCGACCAUCUCACAAUUGCUGGAGCGCAUCGACCUGACAGGCUCUUUCCUGCUCACUGUCAGCGUGACGGCUCUGCUCAUCGGCAUUAACCUGGGUGGUAACGUACUCUCAUGGUCUCACCCUCUUGUGCUCUCGUCGCUUGGGCUUGCCGCCGUUGUCGGAGUCAUUCUCCCAAUCUAUGAAAGCCGAGUAGAGCGUCCUGUGAUGCCAAUCAGACUAUUGAACCAAGCGCCCCAUGCCUACAUUAUAUUCAGUAAUUUCUUUGGCGCGUUGGCAAUGAACAGCAUCAUGUUCAACAUUCCACUGUUUUUCCAAGCUGUAAAGUUGGAGUCGGCUACAAACUCUGGACUACAUCUCCUCCCAGUGUCCGUUGGAAUUACUUUUACCAGCGUGUUGACGGGUGUAUUGAUCACUUUGCUUGGGAAGCUUAAGCCCUUUGCGGUAAUUGGGGCUGCUUUGAUUUUUCUCGGAGGGCUCAGCACCACUGCGCUGACAUUGGUGGACCUGCCAUAUGCCAUAACCUUGAUAUUCCUGUCACUAGCAUGCCUAGGUCAAGGCUUCGCUUUCCCAACAUAUACCGUGGCGAUUCUUGCAGUCAAUAAACAGGAAGACCAGGCGACAUGUGUCACAACAAUGGGCCUGUGGAGGAAUCUUGGCUACGUCUUGGGCGUUGCCGUCAGUAGCUUGGUGCUUCAGAAUUCGCUCCGUAUUCGCCUUGACCAGGUCGUGACGGGGCCUGAUAAACAGAGCAUUAUCGACGUGGCUCGUAAAUCGGUGGAAUCGAUCGUCACACUUGAUCCAGAACACCGCGAACAAGUUGUCCAAGCAUACACCUUCUCGCUACGCUUGACCUUUUUGUCCGCCGUAAUAUGGGGGUUGAUUAUGCUGUUUCUCACAAUCAUGGUGAAGCUUCCGGUGUUGAAACGAGGCGGGAAAAAGAUCAACUCUGAGGAUGAAGAGGAGGAAUAG